GUAGGUCGGGUCCUCUCGUCACCUUUCUCUUUGUUCUUCCCUCGCCCAGCUAGCUUUAAGCUUGGUAGCCAAAGAAGCAGAGAAGCAGCAGGUGAGGAACAGUAACCAAAAAAGGAGAAGAAGGUAGGGGGAGGGAUCCAUGGGAAACAUCCUCAGGUGCUUCACGGGAGAUGAUGAUGGUGGUGCCGAUGACUACCCCUACUACCGUCCAACCUCCAGGCCCACCCACCAGCUGCAGAGCGGCACCGUCGAUCAGCCUGCAGCUGCUUUGGGCGAUCACUACCCCUUCUACCGUCCAACCUCCAGUCCCAGCCAUGGGCUGCAGAGCGGCACCGUCGAUCACUCUGCAGCUGCUUUUGCCGAUGACUACCCCUUCUACCGUCCAACCUCCAGGCCCAGCCAUGGGCUGCAGAGCGGCACCGUCGAUCACCCUGCAGCUGCUCUUGCCGAUCACUACCCCUUCUACUGUCCAACCUCCAGGCCCAGCCACGGGCUGCAGAGCGGCACCGUCGAUCAGCCUGCAGCUGCUUUGGGCGAUCACUACCCCUUCUACUGUCCAACCUCCAGGCCCAGCCAUGGGCUGCAGAGUGGCACCGUCGAUCAGCUUGCAGCUGCCUUUCGGCCUCAGCCUCGGCCUCAUCAGCAGGCUCUAGCUCCCCAUGGCGUGAAGGCGGCCACCACCGGCGUCGCCGCCCUGGCUCGGGACCUCCUCAAUUUCGGACCCACUUCCAUGGUACCUGAAGGGCUCGGACAGAAUGUUACAUCAUCCAAGAAAGCACAGGUUAAAUGGUACCGGAACAUUUUGGAGGUAUAUAAAAAUACGAGGCCUCCACCAAAAACACGGGCAGAGUUUGCCCAGCUAGUUGCAACAGCCCUAAGCAAGAUUCAGAGAGCUGAUUUGGAGGGUGUUCUUGCAUUUUACAACCUCCCGAUCCCAUCACUCCCUGCAGCAUCAGCAUCCUCAGACCACCAUCCAUCUUCACUACCAGAGGGCAUACAGUUUGUGCUGAACACUUUGCCGAUAAAAAGCAACUACAUUGGAGAUGGCGACGGCUUUACUGCCUACGUUGACACAACAAACCCGAGGGAGUCUAAGGAUGUGCCAUUGGAAGUGCGUGCGUUGGUGAUUGCAAGGACUCGAGCACGCAAUGAUAGGGAUCACCAGACGGCUAGUACUCUUCUAAGGAGCCUUGAUGAAGCUGGAUAUAAGAUGAUAAGGAUCUCGGGCAAAGAGAUACUUGCGAGAAAAUACCGAAUCAGAAUGAGGGGCGUUGAUGCACCGGAGCUUAAUAUGCCAUAUGGGAAGGAAUCGAAGAAUGCGUUGGUGAAGCUCAUUGGCGAGAAAAGUGUCACAAUUUAUGUGUAUGACCGGGACCAGUUUGGGCGUUACGUUGGUGACAUCUAUUGUGAUAAUGUGUUUAUACAGGAGCAAAUGCUGAAGGGUGGUCAUGUAUGGCAUUUCAAGACUUAUGACAAGCGCCCAGAGUUUGCAAAGUGGGAGAGAAAGGCAAGGGCUACACACCGAGGGCUUUGGGCGACAGAGAACCCCGAGAAGCCAUGGGACUGGAGAAGAGACCAGCGCAACGCGAGGCAUGAUGCCAUUCAGGUCUGCUAAUGGAGCUGAGCUUGGAGUUUCCAGCUCUCAAAUGAUCUGAUAAUCACGUAGUUUCUUAACGACGUUCUUGUACAGCUUGCUGCAAAUGAAUGUGUAUCAGAAACCAAAUGCCAAAAUGUAUGGUUUAUGUUUGUAGAAAACACCUUAUUGGAAGUGCUUUCUGCCGUGUGGACCUGGGAAUGUACAGAGGAGUUGUUGUCAGUAUCAAGUGUUAAAUAUUUGCAGCACUAAGAGGGAUUAUCCUACAGCUGAUCUGCUGAUACACUUAAAA